AUGUCCGAACAAAAAAAUUCUCUUGUCAAGAUUGUUCCUACUUCCAAUAUCAAUAAUUCUUCUCUCAAAUACAAUAUCCUUGUCUUUAAAAAUGAUUCCUUCGAAAUAAAUGGAAGGUAUUACGAUGAUCCUCGUCUUCGUGGGCCUGGUAGAUCUAUCUUUGAUUUUUCCGAUUUUUAUAAGGUGAGCGUUCUCACUGGACAUGUUGUUGAGUGUUAUAUUAAUGAAGUUACGCUGGCUAGAGACCUGUUAACAGAUAUCCAAAAAGGAUUGAAAUAUGAGUAUAUGCUUUACAAACAGAUUGAAAAGAACAAUGUCUUGAGUUAUUCUAAUAAAACUCAAUUUUAUGUUGAUGGAAAUUGGAUUAAUAUAAGCGAUGGGAACAUAGAUCUUCAUGGUAAUUUCAAUAAUUUCGAAUAUGUUAUUCAAGCAAAAUGGAAAUCAUCAAGUCAAUUUAUUAUUGUAGAAGAAGUUGAAAGAUUUAUUGGUACAAUGGUUGAUCAACUUAAUAAAUUUGGUUUUUUUGUUUCAAACGUUGGAUAUUCUGAAAAAGCCAUUAAUCGUGUUAGAAACUCUUCA